GCUAUAAUCUUUGGUCAUCCUCUUAUUGAUAUCUUUAAUCUUUAUUGAUAUCUUUAUUUGGUCAUUUUUGUUUAGUUCUCAAGCCCCUUUAUUUGGACCACUGUGACCUUUGAAAAGAAAUAUGGAUUCUCACACAUCCAAGGCACAAGUUUCUUCACCCAAAACUUUGUUGGAGUUCUCCACUCGUACUCAAAGGCUCAAUGAAGAAACCAUCUCCUAUUUGCAUCAGCUGACAAAGGACAAUGAACACCUUCGCAAAACCAAUGAGCAAUUGGAAGAACAACUGCAAGACAUGACCAUCAAUCGUAAUCUUUACAGGACUGCCAUGGAGGACAUGUGCUAUCAACUCCAAGUCGAGAGGCAAAAGAACCAAGCCCUUCUUGAAGAAGACAUUGGCUUGCGUGAAAUUAUCAUUGACAUAGCCGCCUUGGUAUCCCAAUUCGAGGGAAGGAUGGCAGAGACUCAUCACCACAUCGCUCAAAGGACCCAUCCGAUUGAGAGGGGAUUCUUCCAACCAGUCUUCGACUUUAUCUUUGACAUGUCCAAUAUGCUUAGAAGGCUGUAUUAGAAUUCAUGUUUUGUAAUGAGUAUGUUUUGGCUUUGAAGGAAUGAAAGCUUAUAAGCACUUUGAAUGCAACUUUGUAAUGCUUGCCCAUUUUGUCCAAAGUGCAUUCCUUAGUUAGUUUUUGUCCUAGCUUUAAAAGAAUGAAGGUUUGUAAGCACUUUGAAUGCAACUUUGUAAUGCUUGCUAAUCUUGUUUCAAGUGCGGUAAUUUAGUAAUGAAAAGCCAUGUUUCAG